CCCGGCGGCCGACGGCCCCGCACCCUCGGCGAGGCGCCGCACGCGAGCCCGGCAGCCAGUCAGCCCGUCCGUCAGGCAGCCAGGCCCCGGCGCUGGGCAGGGCCAGGCCGGGCCGGGCCGAGCCUCUUCCUGGCGCUGCCGAGCGGCCUGCGCGAGCCUCCCGCCGCUGCCGCGCCGCCGCCUCCCGCCCAUGGAUUUCACAUAGCCGCCGCCUGGGCCGCCCGCCGCCGCCGCCGCCGCGCGCGCCUCUCUCCGCCCGGCGCCCUCCGCCCAUGGCGGCCUCGGAGAGCCCCCCGGACGUGGCCUCGGCCUCCAGCUCCUCGCUCUUCCGCCUCCGGCACCUCCGCCUGGGGCUGCACUUGCGGCCCGACGCCCGCGCCUUGGCCGGCUGCUCGGUGCUGGAGCUGUGCGCCCGGCGGGGACGCCGAGCCGGCAGCAGCGGUAGCCAGAGCCGCCGGCAGGCCCUGGUGCUGGACGCGCACCCGGCCUUGCGGGUCGCCUCGGUCGCCUUCCGGCCUUCCCCGGCCGGCGGCGGACGCUGCGGCUUCGUCUUCCCCGACGCCGCCUCGGCGGGCAGCGCGGAGAGCCGGGGCGGCGGCGGCGGCGGGGAUGGCGCCCCGAGGUGCCCCGCCUGGGACCCCGCUCCCGCCUCCUCCUCCUCCUCCUCCUCCUCUUCCUCGGAGCUGUCUGGCCCGGAGAGGAGCGACCCGGCCCCCGGGCGCCUCUUGACCCGCUGCCCUUCCCCGCCCACGGGGUGCCCCUCUCCCACGCCCCUCUCCGACCCCCACCCGCACUGCCCGCUCAGCACCCCCAGCGCACUUUCGGCCUUGGGGCCGCCCCUGGCCCCCGAGCUGGCGGGCCCUGGGCCCCCGGCAGACCCCCUGGCCGCCCACCGCUGCCACCACAGCUGCCCGGUGGCAGGGCCCCCCGACUUCCUGGUUUCACCAGACUGCCCCCUUGCCCCUGGCUCUCAGGAUGGGACCCCUCCGCCGGACCCCGAGGGUGCCCUGAGGGGUGCAGCGGCUGCCCCCCACUCUCCCCUCGCUGCCCCGGCCAGCCCCAUCAACCACUUUUCAUGCUCCUUUUCCGACUUUCCUCUCGUGCCUGGGGUGCCCCCUCCACCUAUUCCCACCUUCCCCGACGACCCCGCGCCGGCCUCGGUGGCCCCAUGCCCACUUUUCUUCAGGGUGGACCCCUUCACGGACUACGGUUCGGCCCUCACCAUCUCCUUACCGUCUUCCCUGGAGCCUCACCAGCCCUUCCAGGUCAUCAUCCGCUACACCACCAUUGAUGCACCCGCUAUCUGGUGGCUGGAUCCCGAGCUGACCUACGGCAACGCCAAGCCAUUUGUCUUCACGCAAGGCCAUUCCGUGUGCAACCGCUCCUUCUUCCCCUGUUUUGACACGCCAGCUGUGAAAUGUACUUACUCCGCCAUCGUCAAGGCUCCUGCAGGUAUGCAAGUGUUGAUGAGUGCUACCCAAAGCACCUAUGAGGAAGAAGAGGGCACCUAUCAGUUCUACAUGGAAUACCCAAUUCCUGCUUACCUUGUGGCACUGGUGGCAGGGGACCUUGUACCUGCAGACAUUGGUCCUAGGAGCAAAGUGUGGGCGGAACCAUGCCUGCUGUCAACAGCUAUCAGCAAACUCUCGGGUCGGGUUGAGCGCUGGCUCAGCGCUGCAGAGAGCCUCUAUGGGCCCUAUAUAUGGGGAAGGUACGACAUCGUUUUCCUUCCUCCCUCUUUCCCCAUUGUCGCCAUGGAGAACCCCUGCCUCACCUUCAUAAUCUCUUCCAUCCUGGAGAGCGACGAAUUCCUCAUCAUCGAUGUCAUCCAUGAAGUGGCCCACAGCUGGUUUGGCAACGCCGUCACCAAUGCCACGUGGGAAGAGAUGUGGCUGAGCGAGGGGCUGGCCACUUACGCUCAGCGCCGGAUCACCACUGAGACCUAUGGUAAGCGGCAGGGUGCUGCCUUUACGUGCCUGGAGACUGCCUUCCGCCUUGAUGCCCUCCACAGGCAGAUGAAGCUCCUUGGGGAGGACAACCCUGUUAGCAAGCUUCAGGUGAAGCUGGAGCCAGGUGUGAAUCCUAGCAAUCUGAUGAACCUCUUCACGUACGAGAAAGGUUACUGCUUUGUUUACUACCUGUCUCAGCUCUGUGGAGACCCAGCACGCUUUGAUGCCUUCCUUCGAGCCUACAUCGAGAAGUACAAGUUCACUAGCGUUGUGGCCCAAGAUCUCUUGGAUUCCUUCCUGGCUUUCUUUCCAGAACUGAAAGAACAAUGCAUUGAGAGCAGAACAGGACUAGAGUUUGAACGCUGGCUCAAUGCGACGGGUCCUCCUUUAAUUGAGCCAGACUUAUCUCAGGGAUCCAGUCUGACCUGCCCCGUGGAGACGCUCUUCAGCCUCUGGACUACAGAGCCUCUGGAUGCUGUGGCUGCUGCUGGCAGCGUUGAUAUCGCAGAAUGGCGGACGUUCCAGACCGUGCUCUUCCUUGACAGGCUGCUGGACGGGUCCCCGUUGCCUGAAGAGGUGAUAUCAAAGCUCUCUGAGUGCUACUCGGCUCAGUUGGACGGCAUGAACGCAGAGAUUCGCAUCCGCUGGCUACAGAUCAUUGUCCGCAACGACUACCAUCCCGAUCUUCACAAAGUCCGGCGCUUCUUGGAAAACCAGAUGUCGCGGAUGUACACGAUUCCAUUGUACGAGGACCUCUGCACCGGCACCCUGAAGUCGUUUGCCUUGGACAUUUUCUACCAGACCCAGAACCAGUUGCACCCCAACUUGCGGAAGACCAUUCAGCAGAUCUUGACGCAGGGCCUGAACCCGCUCCUUGCCAUGGAUGCGGCAGCUGUUAUGGCAGACCCUCUGGCUGCUGUGGUAGAGGACAAACCCCCAGAAGCUGCACACAGUGCCAUUUCUCUCAGGGACGUAAAUGUGUCUGCUUAGCUCUCCAGCUCAUGCCGGGCGUUUGAAAGUGGAGGAGCAGCCAGGCGAGGGGCAACGUGAACCAAGUGCUGCCUCCUGACCCUCUGUGCCACAGCUUGGGGGGGAGAUUGGAUCUCUUGUCGUCGCUCCCCCCGCCCCCAUUACACACACAAAUGUGCCUUCCGGUGCCCAAUUCGUUGGCACAGCCAGAUAUCAGGGAUGUCUCCCCUUCUAGCUGCAAGCGGGAACUGUUAUGGGACUUGAUGCAUCAUGAAUGUGGAUUCCAGGGCGACUUAUGUUCCCCCACUGCAAACGGGAAGAAUUCUCUCUCAGGCACUUGGGAGGGUCUGUGUCCUCCAGGCCUUCAGAGAGGCAAAGUCGCCACUGGCUGUGCACUGACAAGGAAGUAAAGGGAGUGGGGAACACUAUCAGGAUCAUGGAGAUUUGAAGGUUUGGCAGCGUUCUGCAAAGAACAGAAAAGGAGUGAUGGGGGAGUCUGUUCCGUUUUUGUGCUCUUUUACUGUGUUACUCAGGAGGUGGCGGGUUUAGAACAAUGCCUUCAAGCAAUGCCUUGGUUUCAUCAAGCUGGUCAAGCGUUAAAGGCUAGGAGACAGGGGGUGGAUUUGAAAUCCUCCCUCAUUUCACUUCUGAUUUUCUCCGUUGCGGGACGUUUGACACCCAAACCCACUCAGCUAACUGCAGUGGGGCCAGGGGCCUGUUUUCCUAAAACUACGCUGCAAAUCCUUCAUUAGUGUCUGGAACGCAGCUCUGAAAGCAGCAGGUAAGGAUGACUCGCAUCCCCAACUCAUCUUGCAAAUUAACAAAUGGGAUGCAAUGGCAAACUCAGGCACAAUCCUGCGGUAACUUUCCACAUUUGUUAAGUGUGCAAAUUCUGCUCAUUUUAAAGGAGGCCAGAAGAAGUGAAGAUUCUGUCGGAUUGUCUCUCUGGUCUGUUGGUGCUUCCCAAUGGUCAUAGGAAUGGACAAACAGGCUAGGUUUUGAGUGCAGAAUGAUAUGUUUUGUGUCCUGUUCAGCCUGUGUCUUGGCUAAGGACAUUUUUAAGUCUCUCUCUCUCUCUCUCUGGAUGAGAAAGCAACCGUUGAAUAUGAAAGCCAGCUUCUUCCAAAGCCGUCUCUUGAGAUCAGAGCCAUGCUGCCCACCAGCAAAGCCUUUCCUUCCUGGCCAUUAGGCAGAGAGAAACAGAGACUGACUAUGCAAUGCCCUUCUGACCAGCCAGCCGAACUGCCGUCUGUCAAAAGUGAAUGGAAGGGCAACCGUAUGUAGAGGCAUUGGUGCAUCUUUCAGAAGAUGGCUGGAAGUGGACAAAAUGGUGCAGCGUCACGUUUUCCUGCUGUGGGAGUGGCUGUGUUUUUAAUAUCUCUCUCUGAGCGCCUUUUUCUGCAAGAAGCAGAGAGCUGAGGAUUGAACAAAUAGGUCUACAAAGAGGCUUCCAACGAAAACCAAACAGGGUGCUGGGAAUUGCCAUAUCUUCCAGGGGUGGAGGCAGUAUAGGAAUGUGUGUGUGUUUUUAAAUUAACUCUGUUUGCCUUUUUGAGAGUUGAGUGUGCCCGAAGGGCUGCUUAACGCUUCAUGGUAGGCGAGAAUAUGCUGGUGCUUGCUGCUGUGAUCCUGUAAAGAACAGAUGGGGAACCCUUUGAUUCAUGGGUUGGAUGGAUGCAAACCUCAGAGGCUUCCCAUCAGGCUCCCUGAACGUCUCCUCUUUGGCCCUCCUCCUACUUGAGUUCUGUGCUGGCUGCAGGAGGGAGGGAGAAAGCAGCAAACUGCAGGCACUGGGACUUGGUCCAGAUGGGGAGCGUACCCAAGGGGGAUAAAAGCCCUUGACCUCCCACACCAUGGCUCCGAUCUGUAUCAGGCUCCCAGCACCUACAGUUUGCAUCACCAAAAAAGUAUCUGUGAAAUGAACUGGGUUGGGGUUUUUUGGUAAUGCAAAUUGCAGGUGGGGGGGGGAGGCUGCUCUAUGUUCAGCGUGUGUGUUUUUGUCUGAUAAGGGUGUGUGACUUCGUGUAUCUGGCCCUCCCUUUGCUGAAACGUCACUGCUUUUCUCAGCCCGAAGAGUUUUCCUCCCCCCUGCCGUAGAUGUCUUGUCCCCAUGCACUUGGCGAACACGUGGCACACUCUUCCUUGGGACCUGCAGUCGUGAUUCCUCUGCAGUUUUUGGACACACACAAUUCCCCUCCUCAUUUCCCUGUCUGUUGCACAAAGUAGUGGGGAGCAGCCAUGGGUUUUGCCUGCGCUCGUGGCCACCGCAUUUCAACAAGAACAUUGGUUAAUGUCUCCCGUUCUGGAAAAAGAGAAGCCACGUUCAACUCAUAUUGCAGGCAGGAGGGAGGCAUCUCAGGCAGCAGUCUGAACAUACAAAAAUAGUAGGUGCUUGCUGUUUACAUAUCUGUUCUCCUCACCCAUUCUUCGAUUUUAAAUUGAUUUCCAGGCAGCAUCAGUGUUUCGCCUCAAAGCUUGAUAAAGCAAUAACGAACUACAGGCAUCAGAAAGAUGCUUCACCUAAUUUGUGGUACCUUGAAGUCACAGCAAGCUCGUCUCUCCCUCGCAACAGAGAUUAAAUUUAGUUAAAAUUAGUGGGGGAUAUGGUGGGGGUUUCCCUCCCUUUCCACACACUCACCUGAAACAUUGCAAACAAUUGGCCACUCUUGGCAUGCACCCCCCCCCUUGACAGCAGUUCCAGCCUGGCAGAGUCUUGCCCCCACCCACCUUGCACCCUGGGCUGCCUUGGGCCUCUGUUUUAUUGCAGUCCUCCCCCCCCCCCCCACCCGGAGAGAAUGUAUGUAACCCUGGUGGAAAUUCCUUUUAAACGUACAUUGAUGCCUUAUGAUAACAUCACUGAUAAAUGUUGAAUUAAACUAAACUUUGUGACUUUCUGAA